AUGUCUGUGAAAGAAGAUCAACCGUCCUCCCCACCUCCGCAUCCCGGCCCAGGGGAACGCUCGCGCGAAGCGGGCCGAGAGAUGAAGCUGCUGCAUUUCAUCUACGACCAGCCCAACAUCGACGAGAUCCGAGGAUACCCGCAGAAGGUGCUCGAUCUCAUCCAUGAAUUUGAAAAGGACUACCACUUCAUGAAUGUCGGGUCCGCAAAGGGCCAGAUCGUCACGGACUUGAUCGACCAGAUCAAGCCGAAGACGAUGAUCGAGCUCGGCUGCUACGUGGGCUACUCGGCCAUCCUGUUCGGCGAUGCCGUGCGGCGCAAUGGCGGCGAGCGCUACCUGAGUCUGGAGCUGAACCCGGAAUGGGCGGCCAUUGCCAACAUGCUCGUAGAACUGGCCGGGCUGCGUGACUUUGUGCGCAUUCUUGUUGGCCGCAGCGAUCAGUCGCUGCACAAGCUGUUCACCCAGGGCGCGGUCAAGCAGAUCGAGCUCUUGUUUAUUGACCACUAUAAGCCCGCCUAUACCACCGACCUCAAGCUGUGUGAGCAUCAUGGCAUGAUUGUGCCCGGCUCGGUGCUCGCGGCUGACAACGUCAUCUAUCCCGGUAACCCGCCGUACUUGGAGUAUGUCCGCAGCACGGUCGAGCAGAAGCGCGAGGCGGCUCAGAAGGGACCGACCCAGGGAUACAACACGGCUGGUAUCCCCGAACGCACCGUUCAAUCCUACAUGGGCAAGAAUGCCGUGCCCACUUUUGACUAUGUCGGCUACCCUAACUUGGUCUACCAGAGCCAACUCCGACAGCCCGAGGGGUCCCAGGUGAGUAUCCAUGAAUUACCCGUUUUGAGUAAUCUGCGCCGCAGCCUUGGAAUGAGUCAUAUUACUAACCAUUGGGUUUUGCAGGACGCAAUCGAGGUCACUAGAUGCGUGGGGGUGCAGGAUGUGUAG